GAAGAGCAGAGUUGUGUCGGCACUCAGCUGCAGGGCUAACCGAUGGAGGCUCUCCAACGGAUGGAGACUAAGGAGGAGGUGGAGCAGGUGCCACAGAAGGAAGAGUCAGCACUUCGCUUAGUGGAAUCGGAACAGAGGCCGCAGAUGGACAAGGGUCUAAUUCAACCGAUGGAGGAUGCAGAGCAGGGGCUACAGAAGGAAGAGGUUCUUCUUCACGGGAUGGAGGAGAACCAGGGGCUGCAGAUGAAGGCAGAGAAGCGGCUACAGGAGGAGGCCCUCCACCCGAUUGAGGAGGAGCAGGGGCUACAAAUGGAGGAUACUCUUCCCCCGAUGGAAGUGGAAGAGGGUCUACAGAUUGAGGAGGCGCGGACCCUCCACCGGAUGGAGGCAGAGCAAGGGCUUCAGAUGGAGGAGACUCUUAUAAUUCACCUGAUGGAGGCAGAGUUAGCGGAGAUGAGGGCAAAAACUAGCCGCAUGAGAGAGAACCCGGGGGAAGCGGAAGCCGUUGUUGAAGCAAAGAGAAGCGAGCUGGAAUUGAGGAAGAUAAACCGCGAUCGAUGCCUUGCCCAACUGCUGCUUUUGGAAGAAGCAGAGCAGGUAUUCCUGGACAUCCUGUUCCCGCCACCAAACUGAAAAGAGGAGACACAAUUCAUUUGCUGUCAUGUUUGGUUCAACCACUUCUUUCUUACAUUUCCUGUCUCUUUUCUUUCUUAGCUUAUUUCCUGCAGUUUCAUUGUGGUUGUGUUUGCAUAAAUCAUAUAACAUAUAGUCCUUCCGUUGAACCGUAUAAAUAGAAAGCCUUAACCCGCAGCUUCACGUAUGUUUGUAUUGAUAUGUGUCUGCAAGCUGUUCUCUCUGUUAUGUAAGAAAUAAAGAAAAUUUUCUGUU